AUUAAAUGUCAAAUGUUUGUUUACCUUUGUAACGCGUGUUUGUUUUUUGGUUGAAAUAUCAAACUAAGAAUUGAUUAAGAUAUUUAUGAACAUUACAAAAAAUACAAGAAAUAUGCCAGCGGUAAAGCAGGAGCUAAAAAUUGAGGACAAACUCCAAGACAUAAAUCAAACUCUCUUAAAAUUAACAUCAGAACCAGACCUAUAUCUCAUAGCGCAGCCUAAAAAAUGCAAGGACAUACGGAAAAUGUUGCAGCAGUUGUAUGGUAUCACGAUAGAAAGUGAUAUCAAGCAACUCGGGAACCCGGAAAUUUUGCCUGAUUUGGUGGUAGAUGAUAUGGAUGAAGAACAAAUAUGGCAACAGUUGGAGCUGCGAAAUAGUGCUGUUCUGAAUGAGUUGAUAAAUACAACAGCAAACUUAAUGGCGCUGCGGGAACAGAAAUUAGAAAUAAGACUAAAAGAGGACGAUGAAUCGAACGCAGAGGAAGAGGAGGAUGAAGAUCCAAACGAAAUGGAAGGGCAUAAUGAUGAAAUGGAUCAAGAUAUAGAAGAGAGUGCUAGUGAAGAGGAAAAUGGUGACGAAGAAGAAGACGACGAAGAAGAGGAAGAUUUGUUUAAAUCUAAAAAGCAUAAUGCAAGGAAAUUGGAACGUACUUCCGUUGUUGAUGACAAGUUUUUUAAACUUGAUGAAAUGGAGGCUUUUCUUGAAGCCGAAGAGGCUAAAGAGGCCAGGAAGGAAAAGGGAACGUUUUUGGCAACUGAUGAUGACGGAAUUGAUUACUUCGACGAAGACUUGGGAGAAGAAGCAGAGGACGAUUCUGAUGACGAAUCCAAUCCUAAUUACAAAGAUUUCUUUGACGAUGAAGGUGAAGAAUAUGAAGAAAAAGAGACACCUAAAUAUAGAAAAAAAGAAAAAGAUCACUUUGAUGAAAAUCUGGAAGAAGGAGAUGAGUUAGAACUAGAUGAGAAUGAAAAUGAUGAAGAAGAAAGUGGUGAUGAAAAUGAUUUUAAUGAGAGUCACGAGGAAUUUGAUGACGAAAACAUAAACAAGCAAGACAAACUGUCAUUUGGGCCAGCCGAUUCGGAUACGGGAGAUUCUGAUUCCGACGUAGAAACGAAGGAAGAAGGUCCAAAAUCCUCAUUUGAAGUAAGGCAAGAGCGACUGGAGCAACGCAUACGCGACUAUGAGGAAGAAGUUUUAGGUGAAAAGCCUUGGCAAUUAAAGGGCGAAGUUCAAGCGACAAAUCGUCCACAGAAUUCCUUGCUUGAAGAAGUUUUAGAAUUUGAAUCGACUGUGAGACCCGCUCCCAUUAUUACUGAAGAAACCACUCGCCGUCUGGAGGAUAUAAUUAAACAGCGAAUCAAAGAUAAAGCUUGGGAUGAUGUCGAGCGUACUGUUAAACCAAUACAUACACCACAGGAGUAUCGGAAACAAUUAGUUUUAGAUCAAGAGAAAUCUAAGGAAUCACUAGCUCAUAUUUAUGAAAAAGAAUAUCAACAAGAACUGGAAAAACUCAAUCCCAGUCAAGGAGAUAACACAUCGGAGGAACCUAAGGAGCACAAAGAAAUUCGUAACAUGAUGAGAGAUUUAUUUGUUAAACUCGAUGCCCUUUCCAAUUUUCAUUUCACACCAAAACCUGUUGCGCCAGAACCGAAAAUUAUUACCAAUACUCCCGCUGUGGCUAUGGAAGAAGUCGCGCCAGUGGCGGUUAGUGAUGCCAAACUAUUGGCACCUGAAGAAGUUUUCCGUGGUCCCAAACAUGAACUAGUUGGCAAAUCUGAGCGUAGUAAGACUGAUAAGAAUCGUGCUUUACGUAAGAAGAAAUCUAAGCAGAAGGCCAUUCACCAUGCCCUCGAAGCCAGAGAUUUACAAAAGCAAAAAAUGGGCAUACCAUUGUCAAAGAAGGAGGAAAGUGCAAAAUUAAUGAAGAAGUUGACAAAACAACGAAAUGUGGAAAAGGUCACCGCCAGCAACGAUCAUGGGGCUUUGAAAUCUUCAAAGGCAUUCUUCUCUAAACUGCAGGAUCAGUCGGCAGCCAACAAUGGAUCCACAAAAGCAAACAAAAAGAAACAGGAUGCCAAAACUCAAUCAGCUAAAAAAUUAAAGCUGUAGUUAUAUUGUCAUAAUAACGUUGUUUCUUUAUUUGUUAAUUUAAGAAAGCCUAAUAAAAUUAAAUACUUGUAUAUUUUAUAUAUAACAUAAAAAAAUAACUAAAAAUAAUGUUAGCAAUGUGAAAAAAAACCCACGGCAAUGCAUAAUGAUAGGGCUCAUUAU